GUGAACCUUGUUUGAAUUUGAAAUCCAUUUUCUUUUUUCUGUCUUUAUUGAAUUUUAUUGAACUCCUCUCAACAGUAUAUUAUUUUCUUUUAAAAAUGUCGGACGUUGUAUAUCCCGAAGAAUUGGUUUAUUUCAUAGAAAAUAUCCGUCCAUAUCAAUUGCACGAAGUUGGAAAUGACAAAUGGCUUGAAAGUCAUGAAAUGAUUAUAAAACUAAGCCAACAGGCGAUUCUCGAAGCUGCAACUCAUCGAGAAGAAUCUGUUAAGGAACACUUGAUUCUCCGUGAAAAGUUGAAAAUAUUGAUUCAUGAAGCUUAUUGCAUUCUCUUGUGGAAGACAAAAAUUCUUCCUCAAAUUUUGGAGAUAGAUCCAAAUCCAGAGGCAACAUUUUUGAUCUAUACAGUUUUCUUUCAUGAAGGUUCAGUGAUUUCUCUUUUGGAGACGGCACUUUUUCAUCAAAAUGGAUGUGCAUCUUUGAAGGAAUCAUCUGUGGAUUUGGUAGAUUACUGCGCACAAGCUAUUGCUCAGCUUAUUGGUUUAGUUAGUAUGGGUUAUCAUGAGAAUGAAACCAACAUCGAUGUAGAUGAAUCAAUACUCACCGAAAUGGAUCGUCAGAAGAGAGAUAUGUUAUACAAAAUCGGGAUGAGAUGCAUUUCGAUUUUGAAUUAUCUAGCCGAUAAUAUGGAUGCGUUACCGUGUAGUGCUACAAGACGCAUGGUAACAACACACGACAUUCCAUGGUUACUGGCUGAUUUACUUAGUUUUUGUCCAUGGUAUCGAAAGACUUCAAAGGGUAUACAAAAAUUCAUUGAGGACAAAUGGACAACGGUAACUGGGGAAGACGUGACAAAAGUUGUUAAACACGAAGCUCAGACUUGGUUUUGCUUGAGACAAAUUUUAUGCAAUCCUAGUCUUAUGGAAACAUAUGAAAUGAAUGACUCAAGGCAAAAAAGAUUGGGACAGUGUCAAGGACUUUUGCAUGAUACCCUCUUGGAUCAACUACCACCACUAAUUGAACUAAAACAUUUUCUAUGUACACUUUCUAUGGGAGGUGGCAAUAACCACCAAUCAUCAAAGAAAAAAUCAAAUCUAAUAUUAGAAGAAUUACCCGAAAUAAAAGAAAAUCUUAUAAAAGAAGCUAAACAAAAUGGUGGUUACCAUGUUAUUGCCCAAAACCAAUCCGAUACUUUUCUAACUACUUCCAAAGAAAAGAUUUAUUCGUUAGCUCAAAGAUUAAAUUCCGCUUACAAUACUGACCUAUUAGCUGAGAUGGAAGCCAAUGAAGAAAGUUUAUCGUCUGUUGGAAAAAUAAACGAUGAAAAGAAAUGCCGCAUCUGUAAAAAACAAGCCGAGAAGAAAUGUUCCAAAUGUAAAACCAUAUUUUACUGCUCUAGACAAUGCCAAUUGGAUGACUGGCCAUCCCACAAGAAGAAAUGCAUCACUUUAGAAACAACAACAAAAACUACAGAAACAGCUGAUUGAGGAUAUGUUAAAGAAAUAACCGGCACUACAAAAACACUAUCAAUUUCACAUCUUCACAUAAGUUUUGUUUUCUUAGUUCUUUUUAUUAAAAAAAAAUGCUCUUAACCUCA